AUCUGUCAAAUGACAAACAUAUGUGGUAAAUGUUUGCGUGUCUUUUAUUCACAUUGUUAAAAAAUAAGUUCCGCACAUAAGAACACUUAGUGAAAAGAUUUGCUGUAUUAAAUUACUGUGUUUUAUUAGAAAAAAUAAAAAUUUUUUUUUUUCACAACAAUGAAAUUAAAGGGAGAAAACAUAAAUUUAUUAAGGAUAUUAAUAAUUUUGUGUAUUUCUCCUCUUUAUAACGCUGUGAAAACAAAUUUUGUUACUUGUGGUUCUAUAUUGAAAUUGCUCAACUCCGAUUACAAUUAUCGACUGCAUUCACAUGAUGUGAAAUAUGGCUCAGGUUCAGGACAGCAAUCAGUAACUGGCACUGAACAAAAAGACGAUGUAAAUAGUCAUUGGGUUAUAAAAGCACCAACUGGAAAGUAUUGUGAACGUGGUGAACCUAUUAAGUGUGGUGAUACUAUACGUUUUGAACAUUUGACCACAAGGAAGAAUUUACACUCCCACCAUUUUUCAUCGCCUUUAUCAAAUGAACAAGAAGUUUCUGCUUACGGCAAUGAUGGUGUAGGUGAUACCGGUGAUCAUUGGGAUGUGGUAUGCUCAAAUGAAAGUUGGAUGCGUGAUGCACAUGUGCGUUUCCGCCAUAUUGAUACUGGUGCUUAUUUAGCAAUGUCUGGCAAAUCCUACGGUCGUCCUAUUUCUGGUCAAAUGGAAAUUGUAGGAGUACACAGUAUGCAUCAUGGCACGAGGUGGACAACGGCUGAAGGUUUAUUUAUAGUGCCUAAAGAAAAAGAGACUGUGUAUCUACAUAAUGAGCUAUAAAUGUGUUAAUGCUGGAGCAUUAUGGUGUUUAUGCUUUUCUUUAUGUUCCAAUUCAGCAAUUAGUUCAAAUUUAUGUUUAUGGCAGGAAAAAGGACUCCUGUCUCAGUGGCGGAUCCUAUUUAAAAUUUUUAUUUUAUGCACGAUUUCAAAUUAAUAAAAUGCUGUUCUUAAGCCGUUAAUGUAUUAAACCAAAAACCAAAUAAAAUUAUUUGAAACGGAUUGAAACUGACAAUGCAUAAAUGAAUUUUAUAAAAUUACAACUACAGGUGCUAUAAAGAAGCCGAAUAUAUUCCUGCCGUAAUAAAAUUCAUUAUUUUUUAUUUUUAAUAAAUCAGCUUUCAAUUUU